AUGACAAGUCUAUUAUCUUUAUCAAAUCUAUUAAUAUCACAAAUCAUAUCAUCAAUUGAUUAUAAUGGAGAUAUAAUAUGUUUAUUGCUUACAACUAAAAAGUUAUAUCACAAUAGUAGUUUAAGAAGAUUCAUUCAAUUUAAAGGAACAAGAGUAUUCGAUGAUAAUGGUCAUAUAUCACAUCCCUUUUAUGAAACAGCUCUUCUAUUUAAAUUAUUUUCAUUUAAAGAUAUAUUAGAGAAUAGUGUAUCAGAUAAUAAAGUGUUACUACCUGAAAAAGGAACUCACUCAUUCUAUCCUCAAUGGAUAAAAGAUCGAAUCAAUGUAAAUAGAAAUGAUCAGAGUACCAUUACAACUGCUUUGAUGGUUCAUUACGAAUCAGAAUCAUUAAAGUCACUCUACAAAGUACCAUCAAUCGAUACUCUAUUUGCUGGCCAUGGUUAUGACAAACAAGGCCAGUUGUUUGAUCUUGGCUCCAUCUCUUUGUUACCAAAUCUCCAACGACUUGUAGUUAGUGCAUACAAGUUGAAUCUUGGUCCACACACAACACUCAAGUCAUUGACACUACAUAUCGGCACCAAAUACCCACUCGCCAAGUUGGGUCUCGUCAAAUUUACAUCGUUGACCAAACUGUCAUUUGAAACCUAUUGUGUGACAAAUGUUGGUCCAGGUCUUUUGCCAAGUAGUCUUACGUCUCUCACUAUGAAAUUGCUAGAGAUACCUCCAAGAGAUACAUUCCUAUCAUUGACAUCACUCGUGACUCUUGAUAUCACACUGGAAAGUGAAGCAGUUGCAGAAGAUAUGAAAGAAGGAUGCAUCGAUCUCGACAGUCUAUGCAACCUCAAGACCCUCUCGAUCAUUGACCACACCUAUUCAGUAUGGUGCUACAUUGAGGUUAGUAUACCUCCUUCAAUCACCAUUCUUACCUUCAAGUCGGCAUUGAUAAAAAUCCCAACCUUAUAUACAAUGCCACUGUUGGAGAAAUUAUAUGUGACUGAAAAUGUAUUAAUCGAUAAAAGAAUCAAUCUAUUGCCAUCAAAAUCGAUAAAGAAUCUCGUUAUCUAUGAUUGCGACCAACCUCUUCCGGCCAAUAGCAUACCAUCCACUCUUGAAACGCUAUCAAUACAUAAAACCAACAGAGACUCUAGAAAUCUUCAUGUACUUGGAAAUGUUGUAUUACCACCGUCACUCACACAUUUAUCCAUGUUGGGAGAUUACGAUCCCGUCAAACUACCAGAAUCACUUGUCAAACUAGAACAAACAUUGGAUCAGAAAGCCACCCAAUUUGACCUUUCACUUCCUCGUCAUUUGAAAAGUCUGUGUUGGACAGUUAAACCAAUAUUCUAUCCGGGAACCACAAAGUUUGUGUUUCCAACGUCCUCCUCGUAUCCACCUGAUCUAGAAACACUCAAACUAUUCAAAAUUGAAGGAUGCUUUAUUGACACUGUUCCACCAGUCACCAAAUAUCUAUCAAUACCUUUGCAACAUAUAGAUAAAUCGGAAUAUGAUCAUCCAAUCUAUUCACUCACAUCAGUCAUCUCUGAGACUACUACUUAUCAACAAUCACAAUGGCUACCACCCAACACCACUCACCUUACCUGUAGAAUUUUGGAUAAAAGAAAAGAACCAUACAAGAUCAUCUUUAGAUUGGAUGAAAUUAUCAACCACACCAAUGUUAGACAUUUAUCUCUUAUCAUCACAGAGGUUACCCAUCAAUUUACAAUUCAAAGAUUAGACCCAGACAAUCGAAGUGUAUUAGUAGUACAAAUAGAGUCACUUCAAGGUGGAAUCAUCACUCAAAGAAAAACAAUCAAAAAAAACCAAUAUGAUCCCAUUUAUUUAUAUUUUAGUAACUCUUUUAUUCCAGAUUUGGUCUGGAAAAUUAUUCCAAAGUAA